CGGGGUUUGCAAUCGGAUCCGCGUUCAAUACCCAAAUCAAAUCAAGACCCGGAACUCGUUGAAAGUUCACAACUUUUUAGCUUGGAAAUUUUCCAAAUCCUCCCUAUUCCUCCUCCCGUUUCUAAUCGUAAUCGUAUUGUAAUGCCUUCGGUGGCAUAUUGAUAUUGUGUUUGAUUUGAUUGGAGGAGGAAACGAGGAGGAAGAAGAAAGCCCUGCCUGAAUCCCCAAACCCUACUCCCCAUUGAUUCUCCCCCCUUUGUGCCUUUUUCCGCACUAAUUUACGCUGAUUCUGACACCGGACAGCUGUGGCCGUUUGGAAGUUCAUGCGAUUCUUGCGCCGUUUCAUACAGUAAAGUUUUGCAAUGGGCGAUCGAUUGUCCUACGAUUUGGAGAUGGCGCUGUCCUCGUAUUCGAUGGCGAGUAAUGAUGAUUACGAUGACGAGGAAGAGGAAACCGAUGGGGAAUACGAGGUGGACGAAGUCAACGUUGAAGAGAAAUCGGAGGAAUUGGCUUGCCCUUUCUGCCUCGAGGAUUUCGAUGUUUUGGGGUUCUGCUGCCACAUUGAUGCAGACCACCGCAUGGAGGUUAAGCCCGGGAUAUGUCCUUUAUGUAUGUCAAAGCUGGGCAUAAAUAUGGCUUCGCAUAUGAUUACGCAGCACGAGAGUGUUCUAAAAGCUCUUUGCAAUAAGAAGCACAGUAGCACUCGAUCUCGUUCAGCCAUAAUUUUACUGAGAAAAGAGUUGCAGGAGAAGCAUUUACAGCAUAUUAAGGAGUCUCCUUCUUCCGGUUCUUCUGCAGAUGCGGUGGCUGAUUCCAUGUUUUUGUCGUUUGUCAAUAAUCCUCGCCCCUCAUUCAGGUCCCAAACGAUCAAAACUACUGAGACAGGUUCAACAGAGACAAGUUCUAAGUUUGACAAUUCAGAAAGAAUCCCUCCAUCUCUGUCGACAGACAAGACCGAUGAGAGAUCAAGGUGCGACUUUGUUCAAGGAUUACUGAUGUCUGCCAUGCUCAAUGACUUCUGAAUAAUUGUAUUCGCCAAAAGCUGCAAUACUUUCGCUAUGCCAAGCUGAUGAUAGGAAAGGAGGUAUUGUUUGCUUUCUCGUUAUGAGUUUUAACCCCGAUGGCUCAUAAACUCUUACAUAUCCUUAGCUUUGGUCCGAAGAUCAUCGGUAGAAGUUAGCAUUAAUGACUCCCAAGGGUUAAUGUACUAUAUAUAUAUCAAAUAUUUAUGAGUGUAGGAGUGUGGUGUACCCUGCUUGCUUUAUUCAUGUAAUUCUUGGUUCAUGAAAAAACACCUAUGUUCCCUUUGUGAGAUAUUGAUUGUUCCAACCCUUGGAUAUA